AUGGAUAUUAUAUCUGACACAAAGCCCAAAGACCCCUUCACGAUCACGUACCCCACACAGGUACAAACCUCUCUUCAUUCGCAGGCCACGCUCGCACGCUUCGACCCCUCCGGCAGGUUCGUGGCUGCUGGAAGAGCUGAUGGCUCCGCGCGCAUCUGGGACUUGGAUACCAAAUCCACGGUUCGCUGGCUCGAAGGCCAUGUGAAGAGCGUGACCUGCGUUGACUGGUCGAGAAACUCAACAUAUGUGCUCACAGCCUCCAAGGACUGGAACGUGGUCAUAUGGGACCUGUCGUCCGAGACUGACCCGCCGAAACGGAAGAACAUAAUUCGUUUUGACGCUCCAGUAGCGUCGGCUUCGUUUCACCCCCGCAAUAGGCAUGUCUCUGUUAGUCAAAUCCUCUUGGUCUUGUUGACCCCAGGAGACGCAUACAUCGUCGACCUGCGAAGUCAACAUCGCUCGCGGGUGGAACUGUGCGAAGUCCAGGAAGAGAGCGACGAAGAAUACCAGUCUCACUCGAACAAGCACCGGUCAAUAUCGACUGUCGCACGCUUCGAUCCCUCCGGAAAGCAUGUAUUCAUCGGCACUUCGAAUGGUCAGGUCCUUGUGUUCAACACGAGAACCAAAACCAUGAUCGCACGACACAAGAUUACCGGCGCAGGCAGCCUCAAAAGUUUGGAGUUCGCGAAGAAUGGACGCCGGCUGGUGACGAACUCACAAGAUCGGACGCUGCGCCAGUUCACACUGCCACUGUAUGCACCACCCUCUGUCGACGGCAUAUACAUCGAGCAGGAGCUCGAGCCGACAUAUCGUUUCAGCGACCCGAUUAACAAGGUUGCAUGGCACGGAAUGUGCUACAGCCCAGAUGGCGAAUGGCUAGCAGGGGGCGCGGCUGACAAUGCGACACACAGAAUCUAUAUCUGGGAUGUUGGUAACGAUGGUCAGUUUGUGACAGCACUUGAUGGCGGGCGAGAGCCCCUCGUCCAUCUGCAUUGGCAUCCGCAUAAGCCUGCCAUAGCGUCGACGACAAACCAGGGCAACGUUUUUAUUUGGCACUGCCCAACGCCAGAACGCUGGGGUGCUUUUGCGGGCGGCUUCGAAGAAGUAGAUGAGAACAUCGAAUAUGAAGAACGUGAAGACGAGUUCGACAUUGAGGACGAAAGCGAGAUAGCACUGCGCAAGCAAAAAGAAGAGGAAGAGGAAGUAGACAUCCAUUCCGUCGAGGUCGAGAAGCGUGGAGACUACUGGAAGUGGAAUGCGGCAGAUGACGAAGACAUCGCAUGGGCUGACGACGAGCCUGACGACGACAAUGCUGGUUGGAAGCUAAAGAUACUGACGGAAGAGGAAGAGCCCAUGAAUUGA